UGUGUGCUUCUCAAGCAUCAACAACGACCCUUUGCUCAACCAUGGACCAAACCUCACAACCUUCAUCUUCUUCUUCAUCCGCAAUCCGGCUCGGUGGUCGAGCCAUCGACCGUCAUAACCCAAUCAUACGUGACGGUCGGAGACUCACUCCUCCACCUUCUCCAAGCCUUAAUCCAUCUUCUUCGUCUUCUUCUACUUAUCAUACUCCUCUUAUGACUAGAUUAGGUCUUGAGAGUAGUGAGCAAAAACGUGUAGCGAAGAGGAAGAGCAAGAAAGGUGACAGUGACGUUGGUAAGUCACCGGUUAGUUGUUUUAGUAGUGAUACUCCUCAGGGUUCUUCAAGGUACUUAUUGAGUAACCCGGUUUUCUUUGACGGGUUUGUGGAUUCCGACCCGAUUCCACUACCUAUUGAUGAACCGGAGAUAACCAAAGCUGAUGAUUUGGAUAAUCUUCAUGAAGAGCAACUGAUUAUAAACGCCUCAAAGUAUCUAUCAACUUCUGCGUCUUUCUUGGAGAAGAAGCAACCCGAUUUCUUCGAGGGGUUCUUGGAUUAUGAACCGGUUCUGUCUCCGGAUAAUCCUUUCUCUGAACCCACAAAAGCUUCUCCUACUGCAUCUCUGAGCUCUCUUGAAGAUAAAGAUGUUUCGUCCCCGGAUUUCAAAUUCUCUCCUCCUCCUCCACCACCUCCUUCUCCUCCUCCGUCUUCGCCGCCACCACCACCAGUGAAAAACUCAUCUUCCGAUCAAGUGGUUGUUUUGAGAGUGUCACUUCAUUGCAAAGGCUGUGCAGGGAAAGUUAAGAAACAUCUAUCGAAAUUGAAAGGAGUGACGUCGUAUAACAUAGACUUCGCAGCAAAGAAGGUUACCGUGACGGGAGACGUGACGCCGUUAACUGUGUUGGCGAGUAUUUCCAAAGUUAAAAACGCACAGUUUUGGCCUGAGAUCAUUCCGAAGUAAUUCUCUUUUUUUUUUCCUCUGUUUUCGUCUAUGUUCUUAUCUUUACUUUGGAAGACAAAACUUGUGAAAAUGUUACUUUCUUUUGUGCGUUUAUUUGUGUUGGUUAUGGCAUGAGAAUUUUGAGAAAUUCUAAAGAAAUUAGUAUUGAGAAA